UGUGUGUCUCCGUGGUGCAGUGACCUUGGUGCGGGACAGAUAUAAGGAAGAAGCGAUGCGGAGUUCUGCAUCUUUCUUCACCAGACAACAUGAAAGCACUUCUACUUACUGCCGUCUUACUGGUGGCGAGUGCUGGCCUGGUGCUCGGCGCUGACAGCUGUACUGUGAGCUGUGAAGGUAAAAACCCCGGGGACCAAGUGGCAGACCCUUACAACUGCACUCAGUUUUACGUGUGCCUGAUCGACGGCCCCUCAGACAUCCCCCUGCCCUGCGAAAUAGGGGAACACUUCGAGGAUGGCAAAUGCUUUGCAGGGGAGGAAUGCACCCCCCAGUGCAUCCCGAAAGACUGCAAUAUAAUCUGUAAGAAUCCCAUGGACUUCAUAGCUGACCCUCUGGACUGCUCCCAGUACUACAUAUGCGAUGCUUCCAAUGUACCUUUAGGGCCCUUACCAUGCGACUCCAGCAAACCGUAUUUCAACGGAGAGUCGUGCACCAACGACGAGAGCCAGUGCUGCAGACAACAGUGCAUGGCCUACUGCCACAGUGCAGGCAUCCAGAUCAUUGACCCCACUGACUGCCACCGUUACUACAUCUGCGUGAAGGAGGGCCCGGCGAAUCCAGACUACCGCCAGUCCUGUGGCAGUGGGCAGGCCUUUGACAUCGCCUCAGGACACUGCAAGCAGGGCGCGCAGUGUGUUGUCUUGUGUCCGGAUGGAGCUGGCGGCGGCGGCGACACCAGCACACCUUCAUCUUCAGAGUGCGUCUCAUCCAUGGUUUGUUCCAGCAGGGGAAAUUUCCCCAAGUGUCCUUUCUGCUACCGAGAAUACUUCUACUGUGCGGGCAGCGGCCAGACCGGCGCGCCCCAGACCUGCCCUGAUAACAAGGUUUUUGAACCCUCCUACCAUUACUGCCUCGCGACCAACAACUGUCCCCUGUACUAACAAUCCCUUGCCCUAACUGACCCUUGCCCUAACUGACCCUUGCCCUAAGUGACCCUUGCCUCAACUGUUCCUUGCCCUAACUGUCUCUUGAUUUAAAUGUCCCCUGCCGUAACUGCCCCUUGCCCUAAUUGACCCCCUCCCCUAACUGUCCCUUGCAUUAUGUGACCUUUGCCCUGACUACCCCUUGCCCUCGUUGUCACUUACCAGUCCCUGCUGACCUACUGUUGCUCCUGCUAAUACUAUUACUACUACCACUACUAUUACCACUACUUUUACUACUACUACUACUACUACAUCUCGGAAGUAAAAUUUUGAUGGAAGGUGUAUACAUGUAUAUGCUUAAAAUAAAAAACACAGUAAAAA